GUUAUUCAAUUAAGAACUGUGUUCAUUGAGUUUUCUACUCGUGGAUUGUCCUUAUUGCUUGGUUCGAAUCGCCAGCGACGAGCGAGCCUUGUAUCAGUUGAGUCAUCACCUCGAUCGUGGUCGGGUUACUACCUUGAACUUGGAGCGAGCCUCUUCCCCAAUUGGUGUUGAAGUUGCACAAUCCAACCAUCCAUUCCCCUGUUCCCCUGUUCUUCUUUGAGAAUUGGGUUUCUCCACAGCAAAUAAACAGCAAGCUUGCGUGUACUAGCUCUUGACGAGCGUGGAUAAUUCAGCCUUGUAGAGUUGGGGCUUAUCAAGUGGUAUCUCGAUCGAGCCCGGUUCAACUCAGUGGUCGUGUGACGAUUCUCCCGCGGUGGCAGAGACAACGAGUUCAUCGACAGAAGGCGGCGCGGGCACGAUGAGGUGGACCCGAUUAAAGGGCCGUGUAGAGUGCGAUCCUGCUGCUGUUUUGGUAGUGGAACAGAGAGUUUCAAAGAAGCAGGCGGCUGUUCUGGGUUUCCCUAACAAAGAACGGUCACUCGCGGCAGAGUCCGUUUCAGAAAAGGAGACCGCAGCGGGCGACGAUUCGGCCAUGGCAGAGCAGGCCAAUGUCGUGGAAUUGCUUCGAACCAUGAUGGCGCAACAGAAUGCCGCCAUCCAGGCCUAGUUCGACACUUUGAACCAACAACUGGUCGUCCACAGAGUGACGGUGAACGCCCCUGCUCGGCAGCAGAGGAUUAUUGUUGCUGAACAGAAUUUCGAGCAAGACCCGCUUCAGGGCGAUCAUGGAUGACAGUUAGUAGCAGAAGCAGAGCACGGAAACAACAUUGCCGAGCUGAGAGGUAUUAAAUUGCAAGUGCCAAC